GCCUUGUUGAUGGUUAUAUGUCAGCUGUUCCCUCGGUGACGGUCGCCAACACCACCUGCCACCUGCCUCGUAGUGACGCCUUCCACAUGCUCAGAGACCCCGUGUCGGGGGACUUACCCUGGCCAGGUCUGCUGUUUGGGCUCAACGUACUGUCUACGUGGGUCUGGUGCACGGAUCAGAUUAUAGUCCAGAGGUCUCUGUCAGCCAAGUCUUUGUCUCAUGCCAAAGGAGGCAGCGUGUUGGGAAGCUACCUCAAACUGCUGCCCAUGUUCUUUGUCGUCAUGCCAGGCAUGAUCAGCCGAUCACUGUUCCCAGAUGAGGUGGGCUGUGUGGAUCCAGCAGUGUGUCAGAGUGUGUGUGGAGCUUCAGUCGGUUGCUCCAACAUCGCCUACCCUAAACUAGUGGUGGAGCUGAUGCCUGCGGGUCUUCGUGGUCUGAUGCUAGCGGUGAUGUUAGCUGCUCUGAUGUCAUCGCUGACCUCCAUCUUUAACAGCAGCUCCACUCUGUUUACACUGGACCUCUACCACAGAGCCAGACCUGACGCCUCGGAGAGGGAACUCAUGAUAGUCGGAAGGUGUGUGGCUAGCUGGCGACCUGCCAGCUCUCCCCCUAUCCCGACCCCGUCGGUGUUCAGACCCUCCAACCCUGUGCCCAAACUGUGGUCCCACCGGAAGAUUCGACUUGUCGAUUCUCCGUGGGGGUUCUGGCCUGUACCGUGGUCCAAUUUUGGUGUUCUUCCACCCCGAUUGGUUGAACCAGAAGCCUAG